AUGGGGAAUCAAGAUGGGAAGCUAAAGAAAAAUACAGGUGAUGUGCAUGAAGGAGGAGAGGAUGUCUCUGGGCCCAAGGAUACAGAUGGCACAAAGAAGGUAUCGGGAAGCAGAAGGGGACUGGGGAAACAUGCAAAAGGAAGUGAAUCCGGGAAGAAGAAGGGUAAGUCGGACUCUAAGGCCUCAGUGUUUUCAAAUCUGAGGAUCAGAAAAAAUCUGUCCAAGGCUAAGGAUGGGAACAGUAGUUCACGGGAGGAUGUUUUGGAAAGCCAGGCCUUGCGGGGUGGAGAGCUGGACCAUUCAAUUGUUACCAAAACUCCAGAUAUAAGCAUCUCUGCGGAUGAAGGAGGUCUCUCUGACACAGAUGUUGAGCAUUUUGAAAUCAGAAAUGAAACUGUCCCAGCUGCUGCAGAGACACAGGAUGGACAAAGAACCAGCUCUGGCUCUGAUACAGAUAUAUACAGUUUCCAUUCAGCCACAGAGCAAGAGGAUUUGCUUUCUGAUAUCCAGCAAGCUAUUAGACUGCAGCAGCAGCAGCAGGGGGCAAUUAACAUUGGAACUGAGGACCUUGUCACCAAAACAAUGGGCCGACACAUGGCUAAUUCACAGGCAGCCCCCUUAGAUUUUGAACGGUUUCUUUCAGUAACUACCACUGACAAAGAAAGGAGCCCAGACACUGAGGGGACUUUUCCAGAGGUAUCUGAAAUUGCAGAAAGCGUUCCCAUCUCCUGUGCAACUGAACGUGAACUGAAAGAAGUGGAAAAUGGCACAGGCUCUCCUGGUAACAGUUUAUUUGAAGCACAAGAACGUAAGCUAUUUAUUGAGGAACAGGAACAGCUCUUUGCUGGCGUGGAUGCUGUAACUAGUGAACUAAAAGAUGAUUUAAAUAGAACUGUGGUAGAAAAUGGGUCUCAGACAUACAGUUCUGAACAACCUUUUUCAACCUCAGUAGCAGAUGCUGAGACUAAAAUUGCUGAAGUGCAGGCUGUUGAUUUGCAGGGAUCAGUAACAGAGGAUGCUAUUUCAGAUGCAGGCUGUGAUCAUGCUGCUGAUACUCAGGAAGGGAAGCACACUGUGUCGGUCAGUCAAGAGGACCUGCGUAAUGGUUUAUCCAUGGAAAUGAAAAAUGGCAUUUUGUCCUCUGAGGGGACAGCAGGCAGUCCAAUGCUUGGUUCCCGAUGCUUUAAGCCCUAUCUAAUUAAUCCUUGUUACAUCAAAACCACAACAAGGCAGCUGAGUUCUCCCAACCAUUCACCCUCUCCCUCUCCAUCUCAGAGCCCACUUUUUACAAGAAGGCAAGAAUCCUUCCACAAAAAAGAAAAAGUCUCAACCAAGAAGCAGCGGUCUGUUAGUUUGACAGGUUUAUUCAGUCGUUCUGCAGACUGGACAGAUGAGAUAGCUAAUCAGAAUUGUGAUAUAACGCAGAAGGUGGGCUCUGCAGGCUACUUAGAGCACAAGGGGUCGAGAGAGAAAGCUCAAACGGAAAGAGUGCCUUUGACUCAUUCAAGAAAGUCCUCAGGGGUGCAAGCUUCUACAGAGACAUUUCCCAAUGUAUUUUCAGGACGAACUCUUCUGGAAAAGCUUUUCAGCCAGCAGGAAAAUGCACCACAAGAGGAAGCAGAAAAGCUGUGUUCUCGCAUUAUUGCAAUGGGUCUUUUGCUUCCAUUCACCGACUGCUUCAGAGAACCGUGUAAUCAGAGUGCUCAGCAAAGCACGCCCACAUUUGAUCAAGACCAGCUUUAUACUUGGGCUGCAGUUAGCCAACCCACACAUUCAUCAGAUUACAUUGAAGGAAGCUUUCCCAGGAGAAUUCCUUCUUCAUGGCCCCCACCCAAACCUCCAGAUGAAGAACAAAGUCUCAAAAUUAAGGGAGAAGAGUUGAAAUCUACUGGUCUAGAAACAGAGAAACAAUACAUAGAAGGUGUUCAGCAGGACGAGUUUGAAGUGAAAUCUGAGGAGCGUGCCAAUGUCAUCCAGCAACUUGAGCAAACUAUUGAGGAUCUGAGGACCAAAAUUGCAGAACUAGAGAAACAGUUCCCUGCUGCAGAAGUACAAAGUACUGUGAAGGAGCAGGAAAAUCAGCAGACACACGCAGUCUGCAGGGACCUUAGCAGCAUGACUCUUCAUAUGAAUGAAGAGAAGACCAUACACAAGACUGCGUCACAAGCAAGAUCUGUACAAACAUCACCAACAGAGGAUUAUUUAACACACACAAUGCCUUCAGCCAAUGCACUGCCACAGCCACCAGCUCCACCACACUCAGAAAGUGGCAAAACUGAAGGGUCAACUCAGAAAUUGCCAGCUCUAGAACUACAGCCCACAUUUUGUUCUGAAAUCUCUUUAAUUCUGUCACCGAAGCUCAUCUCAGUGCCCCUGGAUGAAAGCCAAUCAGUGCAGAGUAUGCAACAAUCACCUCUUCCAGGACCCAAAGAUAAUUCAUUUCUUGCAUUUGAAGGAGAGACUGAAAUGCCAGCUUCUCUAAGUACUGUAGCUGUGACUUGUAGUGAACAUCCCCAUUCUUUGCCCCCAGAAUCCACAUGUAGCAUCCCCUCAUCACUGCCAGCCUCCCUGCCUGGAGCACAUGGUCCUUCCCUUGCCACUCCCAUGUCCAUGGCAGGUGUGCCAGCCCCACCACCCCUGCCCAGCUCAGGACUCUGUCCCUCUUCUGGUUCAGCAGUAUCACACCUGAACCACUCUUUCCCAAUUCCACCACCACCCCCUCCUCCUCCUCCUCCACCACCACCACCUUUACCUGGAGCUGGUGCUCCUCCUCCACCUCCUCUGCCUGGCUCAGGAAUACCACCCCCACCUAAACCUGGAUCAGGACUGCCACCACCUUCCCAACCUCUGCCUGGAGGGGGCAUCCCAACCCCUUCUCUACUGCCUCUGCCUGUUGCAGGUGUCCCUCCUCCACCACCUCUGCCUGGUGCAGGUGUCCCUCCUCCACCACCUCCACCACCUCUGCCUGGUGCAGGUGUUCCUCCUCCACCACCUCCACCACCUCUGCCUGGUGCAGGUGUCCCUCCUCCACCACCUCCACCAUCUCUGCCUGGUGCAGGUGUUCCUCCUCCACCACCUCUGCCUGGUGCAGGUGUUCCUCCUCCACCACCUCCACCACCUCUGCCUGGUGCAGGUGUCCCUCCUCCACCACCUCCACCACCUCUGCCUGGUGCAGGUGUCCCUCCUCCACCACCUCCACCACUUCUGCCUGGUGCAGGUGUCCCUCCUCCACCACCUCCACCACCUCUGCCUGGUGCAGGUGCCCCUCCUCCACCACCUCCACCACCUCUGCCUGGUGCAGGUGCCCCUCCUCCACCACCUCCACCACCUCUGCCUGGUGCAGGUGUCCCUCCUCCACCACCUCCACCACCUCUGCCUGGUGCAGGUGUCCCUCCUCCACCACCUCCACCACCUCUGCCUGGUGCAGGUGUCCCUCCUCCACCACCUCCACCACCUCUGCCUGGUGCAGGUGUCCCUCCUCCACCGCCUCUGCCUGGUGCAGGUGUCCCACCUCCACCACCUCCUUUGCCAGGACAGGGAAUUCCACCUCCAGCCCCACCGCCUUUGCUUGGAGGAGCACCACCUCUUCCAACACCAGCCCAAGGCAGCACAUAUCCAACAGUCCCACAGGGAUGUGGGUUUCUUCCUCCUCCAUUACCAGCUGGUUUAUUUGUGAUGGGGAUGAAUCAGGAGAAAGGGAGCAGGAAACAUGUGAUAGAACCAUCUCGGCCAAUGAAGCCUCUUUACUGGACGAGAAUUCAGCUUCACAGUAAAAGAGAUUCUAGUGCUUCACUUGUGUGGGAAAAAAUUGAAGAGCCUUCCAUAGAUUAUCAUGAGUUUGAAGAACUGUUUUCUAAAACAGCUGUUAAAGAGAGGAAGAAACCCAUUUCGGACACCAUUACAAAAACAAAGACUAAACAAGUUGUCAAGUUGUUAAGUAACAAAAGAUCUCAAGCUGUUGGAAUAUUAAUGUCUAGCCUUCACUUAGACAUGAGGGACAUUCAGCAUGCUGUUGUGAACUUGGACAACUCUAUUGUUGACCUAGAGACCCUUCAAGCCCUGUAUGAGAAUAGAGCACAAUCAGAUGAAUUAGAAAAAAUAGAAAAGCAUAGCAAGGCAUCCAAGGAAAAAGAAAACGCCAAGUCUUUGGAUAAGCCUGAACAGUUCCUUUAUGAACUUUCACUAAUUCCCAACUUUUCAGAACGUGUGUUUUGCAUCCUGUUCCAAUCAACAUUUUCAGAAAGUGUUUGUUCAAUACGUCGCAAGCUUCAGUUGUUACAGAAGCUCUGUGAGACAUUGAAAAAUGGGUCAGGAGUUAUGCAGGUCCUGGGUUUGGUUCUUGCCUUUGGAAAUUACAUGAAUGGUGGAAACAGGACACGAGGACAAGCUGAUGGGUUUGGACUAGAUAUCCUGCCAAAACUUAAAGAUGUCAAAAGCAGUGACAACAGCAGAAGUCUACUAUCUUACAUUGUCUCCUACUAUUUGCGUAAUUUUGAUGAGGAUGCUGGAAAAGAGCAGUGCAUCUUUCCUCUUCCAGACCCACAAGAUCUCUUUCAGGCUUCACAACUGAAGUUUGAUGACUUUCAAAAAGAUCUUCGCAAAAUGAAAAAAGAUUUGAGAGUAUGUGAGACAGAAGCAGCGAAAGUUUAUCAGCUAUCACUAGAGGAGCACCUCCAGCCUUUCAAAAACAGCAUGGAGCAAUUCAUUAGUCAAGCUAAAAUAGACCAAGAAAAUGAAGAGAAGUCACUGACAGAAGCACAUAAAAGCUUUUUGGAAACUGCAGCCUAUUUCUGUAUGAAACCAAAAAUGGGAGAGAAAGAGGUGUCCCCGCAUUCUUUCUUCAGUAUUUGGCAUGAAUUCAGUUCUGACUUCAAAGACUUCUGGAAAAAGGAAAACAAACUCAUUCUUCAAGAAAGAGUUAAAGAAGCAGAGGAAGUCUGCAGACAGAAAAAGGGGAAGUCACUAUACAAUAUAAGGCCAAAACAUGACUCUGGAAUUAAAGCAAAGAUAAGUAUGAAAAUCUGA